UACAUCCAAGCUUCCCACAAGGAGCAGUGUAUCACCACGUCUCAAGCUCUCCAUACAUUCUUGUAGGAUAGGGUGAAGCUGCCAUCCAUCCCGCAAAAGCAGGGGAGCAAAUGCCGGCUGCUACUUCCUUUCUCUGCUCUCCCGCCUUGGCCUCCCACCAUUCAUCCUUUGUAGUAAUCCCUUCAUUCCCCCCCUCCUCCCUAAAACCCCACUCGAGGUUUAUCAUCGAUCCAUUUCCGAAAUGCCAGCCUCUCUUCUUCUUAACUCUGCCACAAGCUACCACCACCAGCCGCAAAAGCUCUUUUUUGCCUCUCCCUUCGGCUCUUUCCGUCCCCGAAGCUCCUGGACUACCUGCCGACUCCUUCUCGGUGCAGCCGAAGAUUGAUAAGAGCGGAAGAUUUUGCAGCCCCCGGGCGGCUCGGGAGCUUGCUCUAAUGACUUUGUACGCUUCGUGCUUAGAAGGAUCCGACCCAGUUCGACUAUUCGAGAAGAGGUUGAAUCUCAGAAGAGAACGUGGCUAUGAAUUUGAUAAAGAGUGGUUAAUGAAGUAUAACCAUAUGAGUUUUGGAGGGCCACCCGUGACAGCAGAAACAUUGGAGGAAGCAGAUCGACAUGAGUUGAAUGAUGAAAAGGAAUCUGAAGCAGAAGCAGAAGUACUUUCGGCUCCCCCAAAGGUAGUUUACAGUAAACUAAUUUUACGCUUCACACGGAAACUUUUGGUUGCGGUUUCACAGAAUUGGGACAAUCAUGUGCUUGUGAUCGACAAAGUUGCUCCACACAAUUGGAAGAGUGAACCAGCUGGGAGAAUAUUGGAAUUUUCAAUUCUUCAUUUGGCAAUGGCUGAAAUAGCAGUGUUAGGAACUAGACACCCAAUAGUCAUCAAUGAGGCAGUGGAUCUUGCAAAACGGUUCUGUGAUGGGGCUGCCCCGCGUAUAAUCAAUGGUUGCCUGAGGACAUUUGUGAAAGAUAUUGGACCAAUUGUUGCUGCUGAUCGAGUAGUCAUCGACUCAACAUAAUUAAUGAGAAGUUUUUUUUACUACAAAUCAGUAAACAAGAUUAGAUGCUUUGUUGGCAAUAAGCCUUUAAAAAGGUAUUUCCGUUAUGAUGAACAAAGUAACUAUUAUUAUAGUAGUUGUAUAUAUUAUGAUGAUGAUAAUAGUAGUAGUAAUUAUUAUAAUGUUGUAGUGAAGUUUUUGUAGUAGUAGGCAUUGUCAUUUUGUAUCAGCUAUUCCUACCUCAUUAAUCAUUUACGGAGAAUUUUAUUAUCAUAUCCG